AUGAAUGCCAUGGACACUUCCAACAAUAUACCAGAUGUUGAAAAGUUUUCGAGUCCUCACUACAACAGAUUGAAGUUCCAGGAAUCUGGUGUUGUCUUGAAGAAACCUUCCAACAAAGCCAACCCUCUUUUUGCAUGGGAUACCUCCAAAAGCGUCAACAAGUCUGUUUCUGAGGCGGACAGUGUGUUGGCAGACUUAAACCUUGGUUCUAAGUCAAACAUGCGUGACGUCAAGGCUCUCCUCAAAGCCAACCCUGCUCUUGCGAAACAAUUCAAGCAGUGGUUGGUCAAAAGGUCUCCAGAAUCCAUUGUGUUCAAAAUCCCAGCCAAGCUAGAACAGCUUUUGAAGGAGUUUAUUACCUCUUCAGAAAAUGUCAUCAAGCGCCCAUCAUCUUUAACCGACAUGAGCAGAAAGUUUGGUAAGGCCUCUAGAACUGCAUCCCCUAGGGCUGUUCAGGGUACAGCAGGUCUUUCAUAUAAUCAGAAAGGGCGCCUUAAUAAUACUCCAAAUGGUAUUAAGCAUGGGGUCAUCGCUCCUGGUCGUCUCGUUGAUAAUAGAGAAGCCGCUAUUGGCGGUUUCGUUGCAUCCGUGAACGAGAGAACAACCAUUCUUCAAAACAACUUCAUCAAUAAUGCGCCUGGUAAGCACGCCAGACAGUUCGUGCUUCCGUUCAAGGUCAACGAGGCCGAGCUCACACCAUACGGUGGUGUUAGAAUGUACGCUGAUGGUGUUAGAGUGGGUUCUUGGAUUCAGAGAACUGAGAGUGGACCAUCUUAUGCUAACAGAUCAAACUACGUUGCCUCGAACCCUAAUUUCGGCAGCCUUUCUGAAAGAAACAGCAGAGAUGCCGCUGCAUUGGAGAACUUGUUGGGCUUGGUCUCCAAGAAUAAAUCUUAA